AACAAUUCAUCUUCUUUUAUUUAUCUUUCUCUCUCCUCUUCAUUAACACAGUCACAGUAGAACAUCCUUCAUUCAUUCUUCCACAUGGAUCUGCUUCGAAGUUAUUCAACAAACCCAGAAGAGGAAGACGAAGAAGAACAACAGCAACAACAACCUCAAUCUCACCCCACAAAAAACGAAAAUGAAGAAGACGAAGAUGAAAUUCCAAUUAUACCCCUCCCUACAAAAUCCGCCGCCCCAAAAGUCGACGAUACUGCUCUCUCUCUCCUCAAUUCCUCCUCCACUUCCACCUUCACAAAACCCUUAGACCCAACUCAGCACCUCGUCUCCUACAACCCUACAUACGACCAACUUUGGGCCCCCAUUUUAGGCCCAGCCCAUCCUUACGCCAAAGACGGCCUGGCCCAAGGUCUCCGCAAUCACAAACUAGGGUUUGUCGAAAACGCCGCCAUUGAUUCGUUUGUCUUUGAUGAACAAUACAACACUUUCCACAAAUAUGGUUACGCUGCUGAUCCUUCUGCUUCUGCGAUCAACAAUUUCGUCGGUGAUUUUGAUACAUUGGAGAAAAACAAUGGUGUUUCAGUGUAUAACAUCCCACAGAGCGAGCAGAAACGUCGUCGUCUCGAGAAUAAGAAACAGAUUGACAUUGAUAAUGGUGAAGGUGGAGAAGUUUGUAGAGAGGAAGGAGAAGAAGUAAUGAACCCGGCUUCGGAUUCGUGGUUAUUGAAGAAUAAGACGAGUCCAUGGUCGGGGAAGAAAGAAGGGUUACAAUUAGCAUCUGAGUUAACUGAUGAACAAAAGAAGUAUGCUGAAGAGUAUGCUAAAAAGAAGGCAGAAGAAAGAGGGGAGAAAAUUGAGAAAGGUGAAGUUGUUAUUGAUAAGACUACAUUUCAUGGUAAAGAAGAGAGGGAUUAUCAAGGACGUCCAUGGAUUUCGCCUCCGAAAGAUAAGAAAGCAAGCAAUGAUCAUUGUUAUAUUCCGAAAAGAUGUGUGCAUACAUGGAGUGGACAUACUAAAGGGGUUUCUGCAAUUAGGUUUUUCCCAAAGUAUGGACAUUUGAUUCUGUCAGCUGGGAUGGAUACCAAGGUUAAGAUAUGGGAUGUUUAUGGGUCUGGAAAAUGUAUGAGGACUUAUAUGGGGCAUUCGAAGGCGGUUCGAGAUAUAUGUUUUUCCAAUGAUGGGACAAAGUUUUUGAGUGCAGGGUAUGAUAAGAAUAUCAAGUAUUGGGAUACUGAGACUGGUCAGGUAAUAUCUACAUUCUCUACUGGAAAAGUUCCUUAUGUUGUUAAGCUUAAUCCUGAUGAUGAUAAACAGAAUGUGCUUUUAGCUGGUAUGAGUGAUAAGAAGAUUGUGCAAUGGGAUAUGAAUACUGGAGAGAUUACACAGGAGUAUGAUCAGCAUUUAGGGGCAGUAAAUACGAUUACUUUUGUUGAUAAUAAUAGGAGGUUUGUUACUUCUAGUGAUGAUAAGUCUCUUAGGGUGUGGGAGUUUGGUAUUCCUGUUGUGAUUAAGUAUAUUAGUGAGCCUCAUAUGCAUUCGAUGCCGUCUAUUGCUGUGCACCCCAAUACUAAUUGGUUGGCUGCUCAGAGUUUGGAUAACCAGAUUUUGAUUUAUAGCACUAGGGAGAGGUUUCAGCUUAAUAAGAAGAAGAGGUUUGCUGGGCAUAUUGCUGCUGGGUAUGCUUGUCAGGUUAAUUUCUCGCCGGAUGGUCGGUUUGUUAUGUCGGGAGAUGGUGAGGGUAGAAUGUGGUUUUGGGAUUGGAAGACUUGUAAGGUUUUCAGAACAUUGAGAUGUCAUGAGGGGGUUUGUAUUGGAUGUGAGUGGCAUCCUUUGGAGCAAAGCAAAGUGGCAACUUGUGGCUGGGAUGGACUGAUUAAAUACUGGGACUAGAGACUUUCAAGAAAUUUAGAGCAAAUUUUGGCUAUGCUGGUUGUUGAGCCUCAGGUCUGUGCAAGGAGCUGAUAUGUUUGAUUGUCUGCAAUUAUGCACCAUAGGUGCAUUUAACAGAAAGUACAUGUUCUGAAAGAUCAGCAUAUCGGUUUCUGAAGUACUGUGAUAUAAACUAACUAGAGUAAGAAUAGUGCAGUGAAUGUUGUAUACCUCGGGAUUUUGACAUUCUUUUCCCUCUUUACUUCGAUAGAAACACAGUUCAUGUACAAUUAUCGUGGCUGCUUUCCUUGAAGAGAAUUUUACAGUAGCUGUUAGAAAUCAGAAAAGUGUGUUCCUUUUUACU